GGAAGACAAACACAAAAGUCAAAACGUUAAUCAACGAACAUGGUUGCCAUGUUAUAGAAGGGCGUUGUUGAUCAAAAUUGAAAUUUUUUCGUUGUUUUUGUUCAAUUUGUUUCGAUUUUACAUUUUAUUCCAAUUCAAAAUUCAAUUGAUAUCCAAGAUAUGUGCUUUUAAUUUAUUUUAUUUGACAUAAAUUGUGAAUAAGUGUGUUUAAAAUAUAAAUAAAAAAAACCAUCAUUCGACCAUCUGAAUGUGUGACUGAGUCAUUUGCGGUUGUUGAUCGUGUUUCACAAAACAAAUCCAGUGUGUGAAUUAUGGGUGUGACAGCGAUUAUUUGGCGCAGCUAUUUUGGAUUUGGCCUGUUGCUGUGUGCCACAGUUUUGGGACAAUAUGAAUGGCAAGCACGAGAUGCAUUUGAUGAAAUUCGACUUAAAAUGGAUAAGGUAACGGGGGAUAAUUGCCAAAUUCAACAUUUGGGCGAUCUUUAUUUACCUGAUGACGCUGUAUCGCAUCUUAUUGAUAUCAAAGAAAUCAACAUCAAUCCCGUAUUUCCGAAUCGAACUGCAUUAUUACACUUACACAAUAUGGCUUUGAGUCGAUCAUUCUUUUGGAGUUAUAUUCUACAGAGUCGUUUCAUUCGACCAGCAAUCAAUGAUACAUACGAUCCUGGAAUGAUGUAUUACUUUUUGUCAACGGUUGCCGAUGUUUCAGCAAAUCCAUUUAUUAACGCAUCGGCCAUUUAUUUUUCACCAAACAGUUCGUUCUCAUCAUCUUAUCGUGGUUUUUUCAAUAAAACAUUCCCAUGGUUUGCACCGCGUACAUUCCGAAUGGAUGAUUUCAAUGAUCCCAUUCAUUUGCAAAAGAUUUCCACAAUGAAUACAUUUGAUGUUCGAGAUUUGGGCGCCAUUCCAAGCGGUUCAUUGUCCAAAGAUUAUACAACCGAUUUUUAUAAAAUAAACGAAUGGUAUCGUCUGUGGUUGCCAGACGAUGUUGAGAAUCGUCAUGAUACUAAAACCACCUAUCAAGUUGAGAUUCGAUACGCAAACAAUACAAACGAAACGUUUACAUUCCAUGGACCGCGAGGUGCUGAUGAAAAUCCGGGCCCAGUUAAAUUUACGCGACCCUAUUUUGAUUGUGGCAGAUCGAAUAAAUGGUUGGUAGCAGCGGUUGUUCCUAUAGCUGAUAUUUAUCCACGGCAUACGCAGUUCCGGCAUAUAGAAUAUCCAAAAUAUACAGCGGUUGCAGUACUUGAAAUGGAUUUCGAGCGUAUCGAUAUAAAUCAAUGCCCUAAGGGCUCUGGUAAUAUUGGUCCAAAUAAAUUCGCCGACACAGCCAGGUGUAAGAAGGAAACGACCGAAUGUGAACCGAUGGAUGGAUGGGGAUUCAGGCGUGGUGGUUAUCAAUGUCGUUGUAAACCUGGUUUUCGACUGCCAAGUCAUGUGCGCCGACCAUUUUUGGGUGAAAUCAUCGAACGAGCAUCGGCCGAACAAUACUACAAUGGAUUUGAUUGCUCAAGAAUUGGAUGGGUACAAAAAGUGCCAAUCGAUUGGGAACGUGCACCGUAUCAUAUACGUGAAAAAUAUUUGGACAUGCACUCUGAAUAUCGGAAUAUUACCAAGGGAGCGGCUUCAUUGCAUCAAACCAAAAUCAAUGUUGAUGCCGCUGUUAAUUUUAUUAACAGUGUAAAUCCAUCGUCGUGCCGAAAUUUCCAUCCACAAGAUUUAAUUCUUCAUGGCGAUGUUAGCUUUGGUGCUAAAGAGUUUUUCGAAAAUGAAGCGAAAAUGGCAUUGCGUUUGGCCAAUUUUAUAAGCGCAUUCUUGCAAAUAUCCGAUCCAAAUGAGGUGUAUUCGGGCAAACGUGUUGCCGAUCGGCCAUUGACUGAAGAUCAAAUGAUUGCCGAAACAAUCGCAUUGAUUAUGGGAAAUACUCGAAUUUGGGCAUCUGGCGUCUACUGGGAACGAAAUAAAUUCACAAAUCGUACACUUUUUGCGCCAUUUGCUUACAAACAAGAGUUAAACGUUCGCAAAUUUAAAGUCGAAGAUUUGGCCCGUUUGAAUAAAAGCAGUGAAAUUUAUACGGAAAAACCGUGGUAUCGAUUCUUAAAACAACGUUGGUCCACCAAUUUUGAUUCGCUGGAAAAACAUUAUAUGAAAAUUAAAAUUCGACACAAUGAAACCGGCGAAUUCAAUCAGAAAUACGAACACUAUCCCAACUUCUAUCGGGCUGGCGAUUUGAAUUCUGGCUACUGGACAACACCCAGUUUCGAUUGUCAUGGUUAUGUGAAAAAAUGGUUGAUCACAUACGCCGCACCAUUCUUCGGGUGGGACAGUCUUCGAGUCAAUUUGGAAUUUAAAGGUGUGGUUGCUGUAUCAGUUGAUAUGCUUCAAAUGGACAUUAAUCAAUGCGAUGAUAAUUAUUAUGUGCCUAAUGCAUUCAAAGGUACACAUAAAUGUGAUCGAAAGACAUCAUACUGUGUGCCAAUUUUGGGACGUCUAUUCACAACUGGCGGAUACAAAUGUGAAUGCUUGCAAGGCUAUGAAUAUCCAUUUGAAGAUCUGAUUACGUAUUAUGAUGGUCAAUUGGUCGAAGCUGAAUUCGAGAAUAUUGUCAACGAUGAGAAGACACGCUUUGAUCUAUACCAGUGUCGUUUGGCUGGAGCAAACAGUUUACAAGCAACAUUACUUACUGUUGUCGUUAGUGCCUUAAUAAUUUACACAUUAUCACUAUUCCGAACGAAUCGUCGGGCGUAGAGUGGAUUCAUUCGAAGAAAAAUCACGCCAAAAAACAUUUAUUUGCAAAAGAAAAAUAUUCAAAAAUACUGAAAUAAUUUCGAAUAUUAAAAACGAAAAGAAAAUUUUUACAUUCCGUCCUCAAAAAAAAAAUGACAAUUAGUUAGUAAGUGAGAACUUAAUUGAGUCACUCGUACAAAAACAAAGCAUAUAUAUGUAUAUGUACAUGGAAGAAUAUAUUUUGCCAAUUAUUAAUUGGUUGCUCUAAUCGUAUAGUUAGGUCUCGACAUUAGGAUAUACAUUUUUUUUUAACCGAUACACAGGAUGUAUUCAAUUCUAUUUGACAGAAAUCGACUCUUUUUUUAUAAAAUUUCUAGAUUUUUCUUUGACAAGAUAAAUAGCACAAAUUGUAUUUUAACAACGAAAGAGAGAAAUAAUGUUUAUGAAUCUCAUACUAUAGUAUUUCAUAAAAUCUCAUUCAUCUCGGUCAAUUUUUUCAUGCAUUGAAAUCGACAUUUUUUUUUAAAACGCCGAGCUAUUUUACACAAGCACAAAAUAAGCAUAUGAGAAUUACCGAUUUUUGUUUUAAAAGCAAUAUUAUGUACACACUCCGUCCACUUCGAUAUUUUGUAUAUAAGAUUUGAAAUCUGUGAACAAAUUUAAUAAAGAGAUACAUUCUUCUACCAAUGAA